AUGAUCAAUAGUAAAUAUGAAAAUUUGAAAAGAUAUGAUUUGAAUUUACUUAAAAAUGAAAUAUUUAAAAAAGAAAAGAAAGAAAAAAAUGAUUUAAAGAACAUUUUAUUUUUCCCAUCUUUAUUUUGGCAUAAUGGAAAUUUCUGUCCACCUAUUCCUUUAAUCAAAUAUGAUGAAAAUAAUUAUAGUUUUAAUGUGAAAGAUUAUAUAAUUUGCUCAAUACACAAACAUAGUGUAAUUAUAAGAAAAAUAUUCAAAAAUGAAAUAAUAAAAUUGAGCAUGUUUAAUGAUGAAAAAGUUUUGUCAUGUUUGUUUUAUAUUAAUAUAAAUUAUAUAUUAAAGUUGGCAAAUCUUUGCACACAUUUUUUUUCGAUAUCUUUUUUGUUAAGUGAGAGAAAAUCAAAAUGUGGUGGAAAAUGUGGCGGAAAAUGUGGCGGGAAAUGUGGCGGGAAAUGUGAACUUGAGGAGCAAGGUGUAGAAGGGAAAAUCAAAAACAAUGAAAUAAAAUAUUGUGAACAAAAUGAAAAUGGGAAAAUGAGCAAAGGGGGCGAAAAUGCGGCAUAUCUAUUAUAUUUGUAUAAUGAGAAAAAUGAAAUACAUUUAUUUGAUGUGGACAAAAAAUCCUUAAUUUUAAAAAUACAACAAGAUAAAAAAAUUAAUUGUUUUAAUUUUAAUUAUAUAUAUAUAAAUAAAAAAAAUAGUCUAUAUAAUAAAAUGAUAAAUGAUGUAUAUGAAAACGACAUUAAAAUAAUUGACAUAGAUUCUGUAGACGAAAAAUUAGUUAUGAAAAAUAAAUAUUGUUUUGAAUUAGCACAAGAAAAAUGUACACACUAUUUAACAAAUAAAAAUAGUGUCUAUAAUAACAAUGGAAUCAAUUUUUUUAAAAAACUUUUUUAUGUUUUAAUAUAUGGUGAUAAUGAAGGAAAUAUCUAUUUUUUUUUACCUGAGAAAAAAAUCAAAUUAAAAAAAAAAAUAAGAAAAGAAAAUAUGGAUAUUCAUUUUAUUCAAACAAAUGUAAAAGAAUAUUUCAAUGUAAAAAAUAAAUAUGACUUAUUUAAUUUAAUUAAAAAUAAUUAUUACAUUUUUAUUGGAUAUAAAGAUUGUAUUUAUAUAUUUAAUUUUUAUAUUUAUGAAAUAUAUUUUAUUAUUGAUUUAAUAAAAGAAGAUAAAAUAUAUUCAUUUAGCUCAAAAUUUAAUGAACAUUUUGAAAAUUAUAUAUCCUUUUCUACAAAAAAAUAUAUUAAAAUUUUUAAUGUUAAUAAGAAAGAAGAAUUAGACAAUGUGAGUAUAAACCCUGGUGAUAUAAAAUCAGUUAAACGUGUUGAGAUGGACGUAAAAAAUGACAAUUUGAAAGAUGAUAACCCACUGAAUAUCCUCAAAACAGAAGAAAAAGAGAAAAAAAAAAAAAUAGGAUCAAAUAUAAAUAAAGAAGAGAAGGAAUUAAAAAAUCAUAUUUGUAUAUCUUUUGAUUCUAAAAAUAAUUUAUAUAUAUCAAAUGAUAUUGGAAUAAUAUAUGCAUAUAAUUUAAAAGAAAAAAAAGUUGUAAAAUCACUGAAUAUUUGUUGCAAACGUAUUUUUUAUUUAUUUCAAUUUAUACUAAAUAAUAGAGAAUAUAUAUAUAUAUAUGAUUCUGAAAAAUUUUAUUUUUUAUAUGAUACAGAUAAUAAUAAAAUAAUAUAUAAAAAAUUUACUAUAAGUGCUUGGAUAUAUAAUAUUUUAUGUUUUAAUAAUAAUAUAUUUUUUUCUCUAGGGAAUGAAAAUAUAUAUAAUUUACAAACAACAAAUUAUGAAGACAUAUUUAUAAAAAAUAUUUAUUAUGAUAAUAUAAAUAUUUGCACAUAUCUAAUUAAUCACCCUUUCUUACCUAUUAUAUCAUUUAUUAACAAAAAAUCACAAUUUGGAUUUUUCUUUUUUCAUAAUGAUGAAAAAAAAAAAAAAAAAAUAUAUAUUCCUUCUAUAAAUGAAAAUAAAAAUGUUUUAUCUAUAUGUUGGUUUCAAAAGAAAAGACAUGUUUUAUCAUUAUCCAAUAAUUUGAUUUUUGGUAAAAAUAAACAACUUGAAACUAAUGAAACAUAUCAUAGUAGUUAUUUACCACUUGAUGACGAUAAUACUGUACAUAAAAUGUGUAAUAAUUUAAUAACAGAUUCUAUAACCAUCUCAGAAGAAAUAAUACAAGGACCAAAAAAGAAACGAAAAAAAAAAAGCAAUUCCGAAGUUAAUAACUAUGACAAUUAUGAUAAUCAUAUUGUUGUGUUAACUUAUCAAUCAUUAUAUUUAUAUAACAUACUAAAUAAACAAAUAAAACAAUUAAAUAAUAAUUUGGUAAAUAAUUUAUUUGCUUUAAAAGAAAAAAAAAAAUAUAUUGCAUCAACUAUAUUAAAUAGUAUGUGCUAUGUUUUUAUUUUGUGUGAUAGAAAUUUACUUAUAUUUGAUGAAAAUUUUAUUUUUACAAGUUAUAUAAUAAAAAUAAAUGAAAAAAUUAACAAAAUGUAUAUAAGGAAUAAUAUUAUAUUUAUACAUUCAAAUAGCAAUGUCUAUUUUUCUUAUAUACAUGUAAUAAUUAAUAAAUGUUCCAUAAAAUCUAAUAAAACGACCAAUACUUCAAAUUUUACAAAUUGUGACAAUAAUAAUAAAGACAUAUUAGAAAAUCAAGAAUUAUAUUUUAUCAAAUUAAAAUUAAUAAAUACUUUUAAAAUUGUUCUUUUUGAUUUUUAUAAUAUAGGGGACUAUAUUUAUAUUGCCAUUUUUUCAAAGAAAAAAACGAUUUUCGUGUACAAAAUAAAUGUAAAGGAUGUUUAUAUGAAUAAUAACAUACACAAAAACAAUAUUAAUAAUAAACAUAAUGAAAUAAUAUGCAAAGAAAAUGAGAUUAUAUUAGAACAAAAUUCUCAAAUCGAAGGGGAAUUAAUUGCUCAAUUUUUUAACUUUUAUAUUUUUGAUCAUAUAAAUAAAAUUGGAAGUAUUAUAUCCAUGAAAUUUUUUUAUAAUUCUAUAAAACAAAAAAUAUAUCUUGUUUUUGGAGGUCUUGAACAGUUUCUUUUUUUGUGGAAUUUUUUCAAGUAUCCUCUUAUUAAGAAACAACCAAAGGAUUAG